GGUGGGUAUAUUCUGCGUAGCCUGGUGUCACUGUAUGGUAUGAUACAUUGGCUGUUGCAGUGUGAUUAUUAGCCGAGUGCUACUGUCUUGUAUGUAGUGGAGCUGUGUUUGUUGUCUUUUAAUGUCAGGUUAUUAUUUUUUUAAAACAAAUUCUACUAAAGACUCGUUUUAGAGUACUUAAACUAGGCGAAGGUGUUUAUAUACAUAUUUCUUUAUACGUAAUUGACCGUAGUCGCGGCGUAGACAGUGUUAUUGUACAACUGCUGUAGAAGGGGGAGGUUUGCUGGGUCUUGUCACGAUAAUUCAGUGCUAUUUCGUUUGUGUAACACAGUGUGCUUUUAACGUGCUACCAGCAGAGUGAAUUUGCGGAUGCAGCGCAGCUAAAUUAAACAUAGGACGGCAUUAUAAAUUAAUGAGCGCCAGUCAGUACACACACAAACACACGCAAGCUCUAGAAUUCAGCCUCCUUCGCAAGAAAUGAAAAUCAAGGAUGCCAAAAAACCAUCCUUCCCCUGGUUCGGCAUGGACAUCGGCGGGACGCUGGUGAAGCUGGUGUACUUCGAGCCCAUCGACAUCUCGGCAGAGGAGGAGCAGGAGGAGGUGGAGAGCCUGAAGAGUAUCCGAAAGUACCUGACCUCCAACGUGGCGUACGGCUCGACGGGCAUCCGCGACACCCACCUGGAGCUCAAGAACCACACCCUGCUGGGGCGCCGUGGCAACCUGCACUUCAUCCGCUUCCCCACCCAUGACCUGCCCACCUUCAUCCAGAUGGGCCACGACAAGAACUUCUCCACCCUGCACACCGUGCUCUGCGCCACCGGCGGAGGGGCCUUCAAGUUUGAGCAGGAGUUCCGCACGAUUGGAAACCUGCAGUUGCACAAAAAAGACGAGCUGGACUGCCUGGUGAAAGGGCUUCUCUACAUCGAUUCCCCCAGUUUCAAUGGCCAGGCUGAGUGCUACUACUACGAGAACGCCAUGGAACCGGAGAAGUGCCAGAAGAUGCCUUAUAACCUGGAGGACCCCUACCCCCUGCUGGUGGUCAACAUUGGCUCGGGGGUCAGCAUCCUGGCUGUGUACUCCAAAGACAACUACAAGAGGGUGUCUGGAACCAGUCUAGGAGGAGGGACUUUCUUGGGCCUGUGCAGCUUGCUGACAGGCUGUGACAGUUUUGAGGAGGCCCUAGAGAUGGCUUCAAAGGGGGACAGCACCCGCGCGGACAAGCUGGUGAAGGAUAUUUACGGCGGGCACUAUGAACGGUUCGACCUGCCAGGAUGGGCUGUGGCUUCCAGCUUUGGAAACAUGAUCCACAAAGAGAAGCGAGAUGCCGUCAGUAAAGAGGACUUGGCAAGAGCUACCUUGGUGACCAUCACCAACAACAUUGGCUGGAUAGCAAAGAUGUGCGCUGUGAGCGAGAAAAUAGACCGAGUGGUCUUUGUCGGCAACUUCUUGCGUGUGAACACCCUGUCGAUGAAGCUCCUGUCCGACGCACUGAAAUACUGGUCACAUGGGCAGCAGAAGGCGCUGUUCCUUGAACACGAGGGCUACUUUGGGGCAGUGGGUGCCCUCCUUGGUCUGCUUGACGUCGACUAGAGCCCCUGCCCCAUGCUCAUCCGCUGCAUGGGGACGGUGAGGUAACCUCCGCCUGGUCCGACUGGAAACCCAAGCACUGCGAAAGAAGCUUUUAAAUAGGAAUUCGUGGAGGGAGCCAGAGAUGACAGGUUUCCUGUAAUGUAUAGUGAGACUUUCGUUUAUUUGCAACAAUAACAAAAUCAUUACCUACCUGCAGUUUGUUUUUGGGUCCAAUUUGAUUAGCGGUCAGUAUAAUAAGUUACUGACUGCUGCUCUGCAACCUCUGACUCAUGUGCUGAUGAAACCUGUAAGCCCCUUAGAUACUCUACAGUAUAGGACAGCAGAGGAGGAAAAGGGGAAGAAUGUCUAUACUGUGUAUUAGCGAAAUAGUUAGGUUUGUACUAUGAGGUGACACAUAUAAGAAACUCAAAUAGGCAAAUGUACACAAUGAUGAAGGAAACGCUUGUCUACUUGACCCCUCUAUUUUUUUUUGUGAAGUCUGUAUUAUCCACAUGCAGAGAGAUUAAGGUGAACAUGUAUUUUUAUUUAUCAUUUAGAUUUAAAAAAAAAAAAUCAUCCUUUUUUCUGAAAGGUUUUGCUGUAGCUGAGCAUUUUAGCCAUCUUGACGACAUGCAGCAUUAACAGCAGUCUACAAACUUGAACAGCGCAGACAUGUUCAGUAUCUUUAUGUUUAAUUAACUCCUUUUUUUUUUUUUGAUGGAGAAAAACUCCUGUUAAGUUUACACAACUGAAACUAGGCCAACUAGGCACUGGGCCAUACUCACAAAGCAUAUAUAUAUAUAUAUAUAUAUAUAUAUAUAUAUAUAUAUAUAUAUACACACAGUACCUAUUUACCCAACGCUCAGUUGCCCAAAAACGCCCAGAAAUGAAUAUAUAUAUAUAUAUAUAUAUAACACCUUCAUCACUUGUAAAUAAUGUAAAAAGCUCAGGCGGUAUACAUUGCUAAGUAAUUGUAAAGUUGUUUUUGUCAUUUUGAAUAUAUGUUUUUUAAUCUAUGCGUGUAUUAUAUGUUUCUUGUAACACACACGUCUUGCCUCGUAGUCUUGCGUGAAUCUGCAUUGGUCUCAUUGUCUUUCAGAGUAAUGUUUGAUUUGGUUGCUUUUAAUUUGAGCUUUGUACUUGGCAUGAUUAGUCAUUCCAGUAUGGAUAUAUAUAUAUAUAUAUAUAUAUAUAUAUAUAUAUAUAUAUAUAUAUAUAUAUAAUAUAUAUACAGCAGCCACUGGGUUGUACCGUGCAAGUUUUCAACACUGCUGUAAAAUAUUGAAGUACAAGUUACACUGCCUGCAUUCUGUGGUAUUGACAGUUCAAGCAAAUGCUGUAAGCUGUCAAUCUACCGUUAUUGAAACUGUAAAUACAGCAUGUGUAGCUGUACGGUAUUGUUCUUAAAGUUUGCCAUUACGCCUUCUACAUCAUUAUGCUUUAAACAGUUUUAUCUGAAGGUCCUGAACCAGCCAGUGUUUUAUCGGUUUAUAUAGAGCACAGGAAUAAACUUGGGUCACAGUUCAACAGUCUGAGACCUCAGUGUUAUAAUAAGUCUUAAUUACUUAUUUUAUAAUUAGCAGUGUGGACUAUAAACCCACAGAUUAAAUGCAUGACGUAUCAGAGGAGUGGCAGACCACCUUCUUUUUCUGCUUUAUAUCCAUAUGACCUUUUCUGGUUUUUAAUAAUAGUUUUUUUCUGUAAUGCCUUUAAUCUGUGCUUGGACAUUCGCAGUGUAGAUGGGUUGUGUUUGUGCUUGAAACUUUUCAAAUCCUUGUGGCUUUUUACCUUAAUCUUCAUUUUCUGAAGUAGCCAGGCAGCUGUUCAGAUCCCAAGCUCUCAACACAUGCAAGUCCUCACACAUCUACCUCAUGUGAAGCCAUCAGUUUAAGUGCAGUUUAAUUUGUGGAAAAGCAGACAGUAUCUCAGAUGAACCAGCAGGGUGUGUGUGUUGCAUCAUACUACUGUAUGUUGUAGAUGUAAGAAACGCACAUUGCUCUUACACCCACUGGUGAGAGACAUGCUACUGGUUUGCUCUGGUGUACCUAAUGUACUUGGAACUUAGACAUGAUUCUGAGAGCUCUUGAGACACCCGGGGUGCAUUAACUCAAUUUGUCCCCCCCAGUCUCCUGUUGGACCCAACAAAGUGCUAUUUUUAGGUCAAAUGUCUUACCCCUUUUGACCAUUUGAAGCACUUUUUUAAAAUUAUUUUCAUUCUUUUGUAACAAAUAUAGAUAUAUAUAUAUUCUUUUCUAAAACAUUAUAAACUGUCUCUUGCAUUUUAGCGCUCGCACUCUUUAAUUCUAAGUGUAGGCAGAAGCAGAUGUGUCAGAAGUUGUGUUGACAGACCCAACACAUUCACUAAAGAGUUAGUCUCUGCCUGUGUUCUGGCAUGCGGUUGCCUUGUGUUUUACUGUGUCUUUACAGUAUGGACUGUACUGAACAAUAACUCUGAAAUACUAAGUCUGGACCACUGUAACUUUGAGAAUGGCUGGGUAGUCUGUACACUGUAUUUUUUAACUUGAUGACUGACAAGUAUUUAAAUUCUACGUUAGCAUGUAAAUAAGAGAAAUGGUUGUUGUUGAGGAAGGGCCUGUACUGUUUGUGUAAAGGUUAAAAAAAAAAAAAAAAAAAGAAGAAUGUUUUAAAGAGCCAAUCAAGUGUCUAAGUACUUAAUUAGUUUUCUUUUCUCAUUUGUGUUAACCCUUUACUUCCCAGGGUAUGUUCCCAUACCUAUUUGAAUGCCUGUGUUCCCAAUGUCAAAGGGUUAAAAUGUGCAUGGUGCCUCUCUAAAGCAGGCAUCCUGUUGCGUUCUCUUUGAGAGCAAGGGAGCCCAGUCACACCCCUAGGAUCGACAUUAUGUGAAGCUUGACUCCUGCACAGUAUUGCAUUGCACACCUCCACAUGUCCUCAACCAAUGCAGGCAAGAACAGCCAUGCAGUCUGUGCAUUAAGAUACACGUGGUCGCUAAAUAAGUCUUUUGUUUGCAUGCACUGUAUAAAAAGACAUCUAUUGCUGGAUUUUCUUGACUUUGGGUCUCAAAAUGACACCAGCCUCUUGAAUGUUGGUAAUAAUCCUUUAACCCUUUCAGGACCAGACUUUCUGUUUGCCUGCUGUCUGCAGUCCGUCAUGGAGGAUUUCUAAAGCAUUUUAAGAAGAAUUAAUCCCCCUUUCCACAGCAUUUACUUUGCAUUGGUCCCUUGCUAACUUUGCCAAAUAUUUUUACUCUGGCCUUCCAUGGGAACUAUGUACAAUCUUCCGCAGGGUAACGUGACUUUCGGAAGCACCCCAGAUAGUAACAGCACCUCUCCUCUUGUGACGUUGUGUGAAAGAAAAAGAACACAUAAAAUUUAAACGUUGAAAAGUAAUUACAAUAUUUUCUCAGGCAAUCACCUACUUACUAGGAUGCUCUCUGUCUGCUGUAUACUGUUGGCCAGACCAGCCAGUAUCUGGUUUGGGAGAGUAGCUGCUGCAUUUCUGCCAUUCUACCAGCAGGUUUCUCUCGCAGGCAAUGCUAUAUGAGAAGAUGUACAGCGUAGUGCGUACAUUUAACAUCCAACACCAGUGUAUCUUAGAAGAAUCUGUUUACACAGUGUUUCCCUACAGCAAUUAAUACAAGUAUUUAUACAAUUACGUGGGCCAUUUUAAGUUAUGUACCAGAAUUUAUCCAUCAGAUUCUAGUCGUAUCCGUACAUAAUUUCUGUAAACGAGAAUGGGACAGUGGUCUGGAUUAAAUCAAAAUUAUGCAGGAUCCAUCGCCAUUAUAAUAGCUAUAACGACACCAUAAACAAAGCCCAUGUGUUUCCAUUGCUUUAUUAUAUGGUCUCUUGAUGGUGGUGUUUCUUAACAUACCCCUACAAAUACCCAUUUGUGACCAGAAAGAAUCACAGGGGUUCUUGUAACUUAAAGAUGCCUGUCUGUACUGUGAAGCAAAUAGUGAACAAUGGUAAACAGUUUUAUUUAUUAUUAUUAUUAUUAUUAUUAUUAUUAUUAUUAUUAUUAUUAUUAUUAAUUUUACAGAAACACCAUUUCAGUACAAUAGUACAUCUGCUGUAGGUUGUUCAUACUGUUAACAAUUUGUUUUGUGUAAAUUGUUUGUAGCCAUUACAUUUUUAAUUGUUUUGUGUGAAUGUUGUGACUCUAUCGUUUUACUACACUGUGGCCAUACCAUGUCCUUCCCCUGGUCUGUGUAUUACUGGCAGUGUUUGCUGUGGGAUCCAUUUUAGGAUCUGAAUCAUUCCUACUUCUAAUCAUUGUACUGCUUUACAUUUUCUGCAAUAAAACAUUCAUGAAAUAAA